AGUGGCGGUAGUUUAUUUCUUUUUCAGGUAUCGGUCAUCAAGAAAAGUAUUCAAAGUGCUGCGUAUUUUCAUCAUUAUUUGAAUACUGAACGAUCAUCCUGAUAAGAAUGCUACUGUAUCUUUAAACGGAAUAAUUGUCUAAAGAAUAACUGCCAUCCUAAAAAAACAAGUUCUCAUACAUCUGAAGUAAGGGCUUCAUAGCUGUAAAACUAUGGCGAAUACAGAUGAUAAUAAACUCAUACUUAGGCGUUUGAAUACUGAUGUUCAUAGCCCUUGCUAUCUUCUGCAUAUUCGUGAUGUUAAUCUGCUGCUAGAUUGUUGUAUGGAUUUGUCGAAUUUGUCAUAUUUCCUGCCAAAACAUCAGCUUAUGAGUCCAGGCUGUUCCGACCUACCAAAUAUGUGGAGUGGUCAUGAGGAAGGCGGAAUGUUUACCAAAAUAGACGAUAUGAACUAUAUUAGUACGGAUUUCAAAUUUUGCAUGUUAAAAUUAUCAGAGAUGUCUUCCAUAUUUUGGGAAACUAUUGAUGUAAUUCUAGUGUCGAAUACACGAAGCAUCCUUGGUUUACCGUUUCUAUUUGAAAAUACGAAUUUUCGUGGGAAAGUUUUUGCAACUGAGCCAGUUGUAAAAUUUGGAAAAAUAUUAAUAGAUGAUUUAUUAUGUGAACUUGAUCAGUUGUUUGAAUCUGAAGUCAAUUUUGGCUACUCCGAUGCUAAAGUGAAUAAACCUAGUAAUCCAAUAGACUACUUACUUAACUCUGGUGAGUUUAAUUGGACUAAAUUCUACACUCGUGAAUCAGUUGUGAAAGCCUUGGAUAAAAUUCAUCUAGUCGCCUAUCAUGAACCUGUGGAUUUGUUCGGUUUAUUAACCAUCAAAGGCUUAAGUGCUGGCUAUGGAAUUGGCAGUUGUAAUUGGAUUAUUACAUCGAGCACGGAGAAAGUGGCUUAUAUAUCACACACAUCGUUGUUAUAUUCUCAUGUCCUACCUUUCGAUGAUAGUACAUUUGAAGAUACUGAUGUUUUGAUUAUUGGUACUGUCAAUAUGUAUGCAAGUGAUCAAUUGGAAAAGACUGUAGAAGAAUUUUGUCAUAUCGUUGUGCAAACUUUAGCUCAUGGAGGUAAUGUCUUAGUGCCAUCAAAUCCAUCCGGUAUUAUCUUCGACUUGCUUGAAACAGCUAUUCAGGCCAAAGAUAAUUUUAAUGGUACAAUCCUACCAUUGUUCAUGCAUAAUCGUCCUUCAUCUGGAAAUAAUGUAGAUCAUAUUGAAAAUACUACUAAUUCUACUGGCAGUAGCAGUACUGCUGCUACUACUACAUCUGUAGGAACAAUGAAUAGUCAUUCAUUACAAAGAAUUCCUUCCGAUUCAACUACAUCUACAGAGAUAGAUUUAACAUGCAAUCGUAGUUCAUCAAUAACAGCAACAACAACGGCAACAAUUGCACAGACAACAGUCAGUUCAUCAUCAUCAUCUGGUUUGGUGGCACGUUCUCCAAUAUUUUUCAUAUCCAAUCAAGUUCAUGUUAGUUUAGCAUAUUCUAAUGCUUAUGGUGAAUGGUUGAAUUCAGUAAAAGAAUCUGUUCUAUAUAAUGCCGAUGCACCAUUUCUUUUCCAAUCUCUACUACAAUGCGGUAAAUUAGUCGCUUUAAAAAGUUUAUACGAUUGUUCAUGUAGCAGGAAAUUAUUAUCGGAUUCAUCUACCGUUAGUAGAUAUUCGAGUCAUAUUUUAACAUCACCACUUCUGUUGGGUACCGGCAAUUCAACUUCCUCAUCGGGCGGGUAUUUUGAAACGACUAGUGGUACAAACGCGUCUAAUCCGAUAUCUACUAGUUCGGACAACCUGGAUUCUGCUCUGUUAGCUUUGAAUAGUUCUUCAACUCGGAAUACUAGUAGUAAUAAUCCUAAUAUCAGCGGUGGUAUUUGGCCUAAUUCACCAUGUCUAAUAUUUGCCAGUCAUCCAAGUCUUCGAUUAGGACCAUCUGUACACCUGACCCGUGUUUUAGCUUAUGGCGGUUUACGUUCAGGCGGCAGUAGUGGUCGUACAAGCAGUCCUUCACAUAAUUCAAUCAUUUUAAUAGAAUCUGGUGAUUAUGUACCAUCGUUUGAAUGGAAUUCAAAAUGUUUAUGUAGCCCUGAAGUACAUCUUCGGCGAAUAAUUUCGCCAUUUCUUCAACCCGAUAAAAUACCUACUAACCACGUUUCAUUCUCUCAGUUAAGCACCCCAUCCUUAUCUCUUAGUGAUACAGCGACAGUGUACUGGUUACCAAUGGAAGCACGUAUAGGUGCACAACAAAUAAAUCAACUGGUAAAACGUUGUGGUGAACCACGACUAGCACUAAUACUUCCACAAGAAGUUUAUGAUAGACCAUUCGAUUGGUCAAAUAUCACUUCAAAACCGGAACAAUUUAUAACAAAAAUUCAUGGUAUACCAUAUGGUCAACAAAUAUGUAUUAAUCUACCAGAUACACGUUUAGAACAAGUUCGUUUAUCAACAAAAUUAAUACAGAACAUUAAACCUAUUUGUAUCAAAUUACAAUAUGAUCAAUUAAUAGGAUCAAAUAAUCCAUUAGAUAAAAACAACAGCAAUAAUAAUAAUAAAGAGAAUGAUACUGAAAAGAAAACUGACAUAAAAUCUUUACAAAUUGAUGCUAAUCAGUCAAAUAAUAAAUAUGAUACAAUAAAGCGUAAAUUAUCUACUACUGGAAAUGAUGGUACGUUAAAUAUUGCUGAUGAUAAUAAAGAAGAACGUGAACAAAAAGUUUUACAAUCUGAUGAUAGUGAAAUCAAUGAGAAAAAACGAAAAUGUAUUGCAUUAGUCAAUGGAAUGCUAACUACUAGAGAUGGUAAACACUGGUUGAUUGGUAAACAUGAGAAGCUAGAACCAGAUAUUAUUCGACCUGUUGAAGAUGCCAUUAUACGACCUAUGACUCCUCCAACUACCACAAGCACUUCUGUUCCCGCCACAAUAACAACAGCAACAACAAGCUCGUUAAACAACGCUAGCGAUCAAUCUAAAGAUUCUACACUAAAAUCCAAUAUGUUAGAUUCUGAAAAACGUAUAUUAGUUAGUUGUUGCGAUGAAUCAAGCAGAAUAAACCCACAUGAGUUGAUACGAAAGUUAACAGAACGUGGUGUUACUGGUGCCUAUCUUGCUGAUUCGUGCACUGCACGUCAAGUAUAUUCGCGAUUUUCUGUAUAUAAUACUAAUAAGCAGUCAGGUCCUAUACAAAACGAAGAUGUGAUUCUAUUUCCAAAUCCAAAUACACUGAUUUGUUUGCAUGAUCAUGGUAGUCAUAUUAUCUGCAUGGAUGAAAGUACACGUACUGCAAUCAGAGACACGAUAUUGUUAUUUGUACAACAGUUGGAUAUUCAUUCAGUUGUUUGAUGAUUUAUCAAUAUAACAGUAUUGUUCCGUGUAUUACUUAUAUUUGUAUAUGUGGAUAACUUGUACUUGAUUGAUCAGAGUUCAGUGGUGAACCUAUAUAUAUAUAUAAUUUUUAAUGGGAUGAAUAUUUACAGCUAAGAUAGACAUCCAUCUGUGUUAUCAGUUAAUAUCCUGUCUUCUGUAUUUUCCUGGUGACAUGAUCCUGCUGCCAGUGAUCUUGGCUUUCAAUUAGUGAAUCACUAUCUUCUGCUCAGGUAGUCAAAUAUUUCCGCAAGCAGUCGGAUUGCUGAAUUUUACUCACUUUGAAAAAUAUGCAUAAAGUAACACUGGUAAUGGUGAAUUUCCUGACAAUGAGUAUAGUGAUUCAAUUGGUC